GCGCCUGUCAGGUCGCGAAAAAGAACGACCGUUAAGAUGACUGAAGUGGCUCCGAGCCGCCCUGACAUGACAGCGCUGGCCCCCCCUCCUGCGCCGCUGCACACCAGUAGGAAUGCGUCACCUGCCCGAUCGCCAUCCAAUCACAACAGCCCUCCAGGCUCGCGGCGGCACUUAGCAAAAGAGCGACGGGAGGACAGAGAGAAGACACAAGAGCUGUCGGACGUGCUGCGGGAUAAGCAGCUUCGGGCGCAGCAGCAGCUGGAGCGCUCCGCCAAGGAGCGAGGGAGGAAGAUGGAGGAGCAGAGGAGGAAGGAGCAGCAGCGCAGGGCGGCGGCUGAGGAGAAGAGACGGCAGAAGCAAGAGGCAGAAAAGGAGAGGCUGGAGGCCCUGGUUCGCCGGAGAGGUGGGGGCGCAGAGACAAGAGGAGGAGGAGGUGGAGGGGAUCACCUGGAUAACAGACCCAAACGAUGGACAUGGGGAGGACCGCCUGACGGAGCGGAGGGUAACCCUAAGACCCCGCCCUGCCAUGCCAUUGGCUCCGCUCAGCCCAAUGAGCCCCCCGCUGCUUCCAGUGCCGGCCAAUCCCGUAACGUUGUUGAUUUCCUGUCUCCACCCGCCAUGGACCCGCCAAUCAACAAACAGCUCUCCAACUCUUCAGCCGCCCUCCACUCACCAGAGAGAGUGUCUUUUGUGUCCCAUCGAACAGCUUCCCCCAGCAACCACAGACCAUACAGAAGUUCCUCCAACCGCAGGAGCAUCGCUGGACUCCCUGAGGAGGCGUCCAGAGCCAAAACACCCACGGGGGAGACUCCAAACACACCGGUUCGCAGUUCUUCCUUCAGGGCCAACAGCAAAGGCCCGGCCACACCAAAAAGGGUGAAGUCGACCAGGAGUCGUGCCCAGUCUCCCUGCUCUCCGGGACAGUACCCGCCCUCCCCGCUCAGGCAGAGAGCCACCACCCCCGGCACCGACGACAGAGGUCACUCUGAGGUCAAAGGUCACGGCACCCUGGAGAGGAAAUCGACCAAAUCUGAAGCUUCAGAGAAGAAGAUCCCGAAAUCCACCAGCAGAGAACUGACCGCAGAGUCUCCAGGCACACCCACGGGCAGGAGCGUCGGUGGGACGACGGAUGCCGAGGAGGCGUCCAGGCUGCUGGCAGAGAGACGACGUCUGGCCCGAAUACAGAAGGAGCAGGAGGAGAGACAACGGCAGGAGGAGGAGAGGCUGAGGGCUGAGGAGGAGCAGAGGAGGCAGCAGGAGGCGAGGGAGCGACAGGAGAAAGCUGCACAGCAGGCCGAGGAGGAGAGAGUGAGGAGGGAGGAGGAGAGGAGGAGCAAGGAGGAGGAGGAGAGACGACAGAAGGAGCAGAGAUGGAAGGACAUGCACGAUCAGCUGGACAGAGAGAGGGAGGAGGCGUUCCUGCGAGCCCAGAAAGAGGCUGAGAGGAAGAGACAGGAGAGAGAGCUGCUGCACAUCCAGGAGGAGCAGGAGCGACUGCAGAGGAAGAAGAGAAUCGAGGAGAUUAUGAAAAGAACAAGGAAAAGUGAAGUGGAGCCUCCAUCUGGUGCCUCAGCAUCUGACCUGAGAGCCGAAGCUCCGGUCGCUCUGGAGGAGGACACCUCGACUCCCGCUGAAGCCCCCGUCAUCAUGCUGGGACCCCUGGAGAAUAAGAGCUGUGUGGACGAGCUGUCUGACGGAGUCCAGUCCAUGGACGUCAGCUCUCCAUCUGUCUCCAUCAGUCCUGUGUCCAGGGAGGAGCAGGCGAGCGCUCAGGAGUUUUCACCCGUCACCGAGGUAACGGACGGCUGCCCUCUGGAGCACCUGAUGGACCUCGACGCCCAGGGGCAAGGACAGCAACAGGGUGCAGAAACGCCCCCUUACCCAAAGUUGCAGGCCGGCAGCGGUGUCGGAGACCUCAACAAGAACCUGCUGAUUCAGGCGUACAGCGCCGCCUCUGAAUCCUCCCAGCUCAUCCACAGCGUCGGCCCGAGCAAGCUGGACGUCCAGUAGCCAGGGCUUUUUCAGGAGCUGGUUCAGUAGAAACAGGAGCCAGGACAAACAGACCAAGAGACCAUCACCAUCAACAACAACAACAACAACAACAACAAUCAUCUCCACAAGGAACAACAGCUGAACACCUGAUUUAUCAUCUGUAUUACCAAACCACACACACACACACACACACACACACACACCUGUCAAACUUCUGGCAACAUUUACAGGCAGCAGUGCAAAUGGGCAAUUUUGACUCUUAGAAACAGAGUUUGAUAAAAUCCUGCAAAUAAUGUGAAACAUAUUUAAGACAUGAUUGUCAUAAGAGGAAUUCUUGGAGUCUUGCAUGUUUGUCCUUUGAAAAGAAGAAGUUUAGGAAGUAAAAUGACUGUAAACAUAAGUUCAUGGUCAGGUUUAUGCAAAUAAAACUUGUAGGUAUAAGGUGGGGUAGUUCAAGGUCAGUGUCAGCUAAUAUCUGUACACAUUAACCUGCUUUUCAUUUACAGAUUACACAUGGUUUUGCAUUUAAGACAUCUCACAAAAGCUGCUGACGUUGGACUUGAUCUCAGUCCUCUGAAGGUGUAGAGAUGUGCAGAACGUCUCCUCGACACCUGUUCCUCUCCAAGCCAACAUUGCCCAGCUGCACUGCCGCCAAAUAUCACUCGAGUAUCAUCCGCUUUAAUCUCUCACCCCUGCUUUUGUAAAACUCUGUAAAUAGAUCCGACUGGGUGGAGGAGUCUGUCGUGGGAGGGACGGGCAGCGGCUCUGUAGCAGUUUAUCUGGAGGGACGCCGUAAAACAGACGCUGUUGUGUGAAUCCUGUGUAGCAUCUUCAGUGAGGACUAGCUAGUCGAGCUGUUUUAUGGUUGUAGCUUUGUACUUGAACAGUGUGGGAGUUUCUCUCUUUCUCGUCAGUGUUUCUGAUGGUUACUGUGUGUUUAUCCCACCGCUCGCCUGCUCUUCUGCUGACAGCGACUCCUGCUUCUAUAAAACCCAGUCUGCUGUAGAUUUCCUGUCAUCCUGAUGCUGGAGAAAACUAUCACAUAUAACCCCACUGUCGCUCCCUAACACGUAGAGCCUAUAGCUUUGGUUUCUCUGCCGCUCGUCACUUAACUGAUGGACGUUUUGUGGACUAGCAACGAUCCACAGCAAGGAUAUGAAGAAAAGUUGGAGGGAAAAGGGUAAAAAACAAAACAAAAUGUCCUGUAUUUUUAUCUGCAGGUCAGGAAAAUAUUGACACAGUGUGUUGUGUAUUUGUCUGGCACUGACUGUAACCAUGCAAGCUGCAGUUUAUAGUACUUAACAGUAGUUGUGUGUUUCACUGCUCUGAAGACGCUUACAUCUCCACCUCAGCUCAUUCCCCCAACUAAAAUAUACCUCACCGAUUCAGAACAGACUCUGGUGUUAAACAGCGUUCACCACCUCGCAGCUCAUCACCUCUGAGGCCUUAAACCUCCGUGCAGUUAGCAUCUUCCCUCUGUGCUUCACCCUGGGGCUGUUUCAUCCAGCAUGUGCACUUCUCGCUGUUUAAAGGCCGUUCUCCACUAAGAGGACCGGGAACUAGAGAAACGAUUCUGUGAAAGGAAGGUUGGAUCACCAUUUGAACUAAACACGCAAAUCCCCCUCCGACCCUCAGGGGCCCCAAACGCCCCACAUUCACUGUGUGGAUGAUCAGGACCAUAACCAGGAUUUUAAAAAUGCUGAUGUCAUAGUCUACAUCUCCCCAGCAGAACCCCACCCACCUAUGAAAAUUUAAACCAACCGUUUAGCAUAAAAUCCUGUUGUAUUUAUUCAACUGUUACUUUAUGGUCUGGUGCCAGUUGUUCAUUCUGGUGGAGAAUACUAGAUUCUUUUUCAACAGCCUCCAACUGAACUCUCUACAAAUUUAAGAAGUAUUUAAGAAAAAACACAUUUUAUUCAUUCUGCAGUGCCACUUUUGUACAUUUGAUUUCACUAUAUUUUGGUCAGGUGCCAUGUUUGCUUCUCUGGGGUAAAAUACUUACCAAUUAGUUUUUUAAAUUUCAUCUGUUGAGGUUUUUUUUGGGGCCUAAAAACAGUCAGAAUAUAUUAGAAUCAGCCUUAAAAUGCAACCUGUGUAGUAUGUGUGUAACUGUAGAAUGUAAAUCCUUCAAAAUGUCCAGAAAUCAUACUUGACCUCUGUGUCCUCAACAGCAACAGCU